AUGACAGAAUCAUCAGCCUCAUCUCUCAACACCCUCAAGGCCGUCAUACUCCUCCCUGUCCAUCUUCUCAUCUAUCCCUUCCGCCUACUAUACUAUGCGAACCAUACAUCUUGGACCUCAAAUCCCGAAGCCCAGCAUUUAGCAACCACACUCCGCUCCCAGCUCAACCAACCAUGCCGCUUCCGCCUUGACGACACCUCCUCAGCAAAACUAACCUUCCCCGACAAUCGUUCACUAAGCUACACCCAAUACGGCGACCUCACCGGCAAACCUAUCAUCAAGCUCCACGGCCUCCCCGGCUCCAGCCUUGAGGAAGCCUACCACGACUCCCCCGCCAAAAAUCUAGGACUCCGCAUCAUCGGCGUGGAUCGUCCGGGAGUAGGUCAGAGUUCCCCUCAUCCCUCCCACACCCCUCGCACAUUCGCAGCAGACAUUCACUUCCUAGCCACACAUCUCCAGCUGCAAGAAUUCGCAGUCAUAGGUACUUCAGGCGGAGGACCUUAUGUCAUGGCGUGUGCACGCUACCYCCCAGCCGAGAAUCUCAAAGCUAUAGCCAACGUCUGCGGCAUGGGCGAUAUUCAGAGAUAUCGUUCCAAAGGAAUGGGCUGGAGGAAUUGGGUGGGGUAUAAAUAUGCCAUUCACUAUAUCCCCUGGAUAUUUCCCUACCAGGCUUCGCAUUGGCCYGUAAACCUCCGAGAUCUUAGCGAGGACGAGAAACUUGAAAUCUGCAUUGAUGAGAUUACAAAUUCCAAGCUUUCGAAAAAGGAUCUUGAGAUUUGGAAGAAAGUUGAAAGUGUAGAUCUCCUAYGCCUUUCUCUCCGCGCUAGUAAGGAGUAUUUUCUCCGUGGCUACGAUACACUGUUACAGGAUGCCAGAAUUCUCGGAUCGAAAUGGGAAUUUAAAGUCGAGGAAAUAAGGCCGGAUUUACCCAUGCAUUUGUGGUUUGGGAAGGAAGAUGAGAAUGUGUCGGGGUAUCAUGGUGUUGAGAUUGCGAAGAGGUUUCGAGGGGAGGCGAGGUUGCAUUAUAUGGAUGAGACGCAUUUGAGCUUGCAGGUCAAGUAUCGAGAUCAGAUUUUGGAGGAUAUUGCGAGCGAGUUUUGA